AUGCCAACCUUUGAGCUUACAAAAGCAGCCUUACCCGAGGGUGUCAGUCUCGUCUGGAAUGAAGCCAUUGGCAAUUUCUCCUUGGCAGAUGCCAAAAUCAGUGCCUGGGUCGACUUGUUGCAACGAUACAAAGACGAGGGCGUUCCCAUUGACGGCAUUGGGGUUCAGGGACACAGCAUUUCCAAACGUCAGAAUCUUACAGAAGCCCGCGCCUUCCUCGAAAAAGUGGUCGAAAUGGGUUACACCGUAGAAAUUACGGAAGUGGACGCCCCCAUUACAGUUUUUCUCGGUGACGACAACAACACGGAUCCCCUCCAGGAACAGGCAGACUUGUUUGCAGACUAUGCCAGGGUCUGCAUCGAAUUUCCCAACAAGACUUGCAAGGGCAUUACCUUUUGGGGACUCAGUGAUGCAUAUACAUGGUAUGAUUUUUCUUUGCCGGUACGGCUCCCAAUUUGCCUCUUUUGA